AAAAUGAGUCAUGAAUUGAACACAUUUCUGAUAUUUUUUCGUUUGGGGCCAUAAGUAAAUAGAGGAAAACUCACAAUAUUAGUCCCCAUUAAUGCAGGUCGCCGAUAUUCGGCUUUUUUUACGACACCCGAUACCAACUGCUGAUCUAGACAAUUUGAUGAACUUCUUUGAGCACCUACAACGUAAGCAGACCUCUAGCUCUAAGCUCAGUGCGAUUUCGCGUUCAAAGAUGGUCAUACAAGAAGGGCUCGUCUGCUUGGGAUUUCUCUUAACUGGCUUGGCUUUGGCCACAGAAGCCUGGCUGUUGUCCCAAUCCGGCUUAAACGAAUCCAGCUACCUCGUCCGCCACUUGUCGAUGCAUUUCUCGCGCGUGUUCCUAAGCGUUAAAGUGGAAAGUAAUGAAUCCCCCACUUUUAUCGAAGCCCAAUGGCCGGUUUCCUACUUUCCCAUGCCCACUGUGGUGUUCCCCCACGCCGAUGUUCAUGCGAAGGGAGACCACGACGAUUGCUCAUUACUGCAGCAGGCCCACUGGUCCCAGGUGGAUGCACUGAGUCGACUGUGGGUCAUGGACAUUGGAUUCCCCGGCAGCAAAUGCUCGCCCCGAUUGUUUGUCUUCGAUCUGCUGCGUAACAAUGCGGAGCUACUGAGAAUUGAUUGUGGUCGACAUAUAGGAGCCAACGACACCAAGUCCCUAGUGGUUCAAAUGGGUCCCAAGGGUCCGGUUUGCGAACAAGAGCGCCACAUUUACUUCAUCCUGGGCAAGGUAUCCGAAAUUAUCGCCUACGACAUCCUGGAGCAGACUUGGAUAGUAAGAUCACUAGAGAGUCACAAGUACGAGAACAUGAACCAAUCGUUCCCCAUUAGGCCAGUGGAUUUCGCAUUCGGUAUACAAGGCGAACUCAUCCUCUCCGACCAGGACGGUGACCUAUACAGCACCGUGGAUAGACUGGAAGUAGAUGGAAAGAAAGAGUUAGCCACUAAUUCAGCUAGCAACUGCAUUAAACUCACCCAUCUGGGAAGUCUCUUGGGCAGCAGUCGCAGCAUGAUCAUCGAUAAUUUCGGAACCUUGUAUUACGUAAUCCCCAAGUUCGGAGCAGUAGUGCGAUGUGCUAAACUGACAAACGUCACAGCAGAGGGCAAUGAAAUCAUAUAUCUCACAUCGAAGAACAUACAGCAGAUAUUUUUUACCUCCAAUGAUGCUUUAUGGGUGCUAAGUGAUCGGAUCUUGAAUGCAAAGGAGAUGUGCUUUCCUAGUUUAUGAAUAACUAAAUUACAAAUAAAUAAG